AUGAACGAUGAGGAAAUCCAUUCUUUAGCGAGGAUAAUUUUGCCUGGAAUAAAAACAAAUUCAAUGACUCGAAUUGGACAUUUUUUCACAAUUAUCGAGGACGCUGAUGGCUUUGGUGUAUUAACGACAACAGAUGAUCGUGAAAAAUGCAACUGCUGCCAUCAAUCAACGAGACAAUACACAUAUUCGAAAACUCCAUUAUCGGCUGAUAUGAACAAAACUACCUCCUCAACGGGAAAGCCGCUCGAGGGCAGCAAUCUUACAACAAAUACGAAUAAUGCAUUAAGGAAAAAAACGAAAUCCGAUCAAAAUCUUAGAGCAAAUGAAGUGCAAUUAAGGAUUCUAAACGACCCCACAUUGAUUUCACAGCAGCCUCAGCCAACAAAUAAUAAAGUUUUGAUCAGAAUCGGCACGACUACGGAUGGAACAAAAAAACAAGUGGUCGAAGAAGAAGGAAAUUGCUUGAAGCAAUGUUGGACGGAAUGCGGUCAAUGCUGUAUUGGAAUUCUUCGUGGAAUUUAA